UUGGAAUAUAUAAAUAGACGUACAAGAGCAUUAAUAUCAGGCAACAUUUGCAAGAAAUUCCAAAGCGAGGUACUAAGGCAUGCCGUCCCUUCAAACGGUCAUGGACGGCGAUCGCGAGGCCAUCGGCGGUCCCAAUGGCACGUCGACGACCACCCUGGUGAGCCUCCUCCGCGUCAAGUCGGAGCGGAGCGCUAAGGCGGAGGAGAAGGUGGAGUGGGUGCGGUCGCAGCUCGUCGGCCACGACGCUGAGUUCGAGACGCCGUUUGGCCGCCGCCCCCUCGUCUACGCCGACCACACCGCCUCCGGCCGCAGCCUCCGCUACAUCGAGGACUACAUUCUCAAGCACGUUCUUCCCUUCUACGGGAACACGCAUACGGAGGACAGCUACGUCGGGAGCAGGACGACGCGGAUGGUGAGGAGGGCAGCGAGCUACAUCAAGCGGUGCAUGGCCGCGGGCGCCGACGACGCGCUGCUCUUCUGCGGAUCCGGCGCCACGGCGGCGGUAAAGCGGCUGCAGGAGGCCAUGGGGGUGGCGUGUCCGCCGGCGCUGCGGGCGCGGGCCGCGGCCCAGCUGCGCGCGGAGGAGCGGUGGGUCGUGUUCGUGGGGCCCUACGAGCACCACUCCAACCUGCUGUCGUGGCGGCAGAGCCUGGCCGACGUCGUCGAGGUCGGCGCGGGCCCUGACGGGCUCGUCGACCUCACCGCGCUCCGCCGCGCGCUGAGCUCGCCCGAGUACGCGGACCGGCCCAUGCUGGGCACCUUCUCGUCGUGCAGCAACGUCACCGGCGUGCUCACCGACACCCGCGCCGUCGCGCGCCUCCUCCACCAGCACGGCGCCUUCGCCUGCUUCGACUUCGCCGCCAGUGGGCCCUACGCAGAGAUCGACAUGAGGUCCGGCGAGAUGGACGGCUACGACGCGGUCUUCCUCAGCACGCACAAGUUCGUCGGCGGGCCAGGCACGCCGGGGAUUCUGCUCAUGAACCGGGCGCUGUACCGCCUCGCCGGAAUGCCGCCGUCCACCUGCGGCGGAGGCACCGUCGCCUACGUCAACGGCUUCAACGAGGAGGACACGGUGUACUACGACGACGUCGAGGAGCGGGAGGACGCCGGCACGCCGCCGAUCGUGCAGAAGGUGCGGGCGUCGCUGGCGUUCUGGGUCAAGGAGCACGUCGGCCGCGACGCCGUAGCGCUCCGGGAGCGCGUCUACGCCGAGGCGGCCAUGGUGCGGCUGCUCAGCAACCCCAACGUCGAGGUGCUCGGCAACGUCGCGGCGAGACGCCUGCCCGUCUUCUCCUUCCUCGUCUACCCGGGAGGAGUCGACGACGAUGACGACAACAGUAGUAGUGUCGCCGCCUCGGCGACGGGGAGGUGGAAGCGCCCGCGUCUGCCCCUGCAUGGCCGGUUCGUCGCGAAGCUCCUGAACGACCUCUUCGGCAUCCAGGCCAGAGGCGGCUGCGCGUGCGCCGGGCCGUACGGGCAUGCACUCCUCGGCGUCGGCGAGGAGCUCUCCCUUCGCAUCCGCUCUGCCAUCGUUAAGUGUUCACCGUCAAAACUUUGUCGCCACCAGGGCUACCACGGCGUGAAGCCAGGAUGGACGAGGGUGAGCUUCGCCUACUACCUCUCCCGGGAGGAGUUCCGUUACAUCCUCGCCGCCAUCGAGUUCGUCGCGGCGCACGGCCACCGCUUCCUCCCGCUCUACGGCUUCGACUGGGCCACGGGCAAUUGGGCCUUCCGGCGCUGGACGUUCAAGCACCACGUCAUGAGGGAGGAGCUGCUGCGUGGCCACGGCAGCUCCGCCAUUGACGUGGAUUACGACAAGGUCCCGACGAAGGAGGCCGGGAAUCAUGCUGCUGACGUCAGCGACAAGUUCGAGAGCUACCUAGAGAGUGCCACCAAGAUCGCGCUCUCGCUGCCGGACUCGUACGAUGAACAGAUUAUCAGUGUGCCCAAGGGAUUAGACCCUGACAUUAUACUUUUCCGGGUGUGAUUGAUCGGUCUCGAAUUGAAAUUGAUGUUGCUCUUAUCAGUAAAAUAGUAUUGUAUAGAGGGUAUAUAUAGAGAGAGAGUUAUAGAUUAUAGAGUUUUCAACAACAGGGAAGAGCGAGUAGAAUCUCAGUUACGGUAUGUACUACUUGUCUAUACGAGUUGUUGUAGUAGUAGAGUUCAGAGAUGGACUGAACAGCAUAAUAUAUUGCAGCCUAAGCAAGUUCCACAACCAUUACUGUCACUGUGCACACUCACUCUCACAAAAA